AUGCGUUACCAACUCUCUCUCGCAGCCCUCGCCCUUCUUGGCUCUCACGUCCUUGCUCUCCCAGUUCCUGAAGCUGCUGAGAAGCGUGAGGCCGCUACCGAAUAUUUCCACGUUGCCGGCGACGUUCUUGACAAGAGGGAAGCAUCAAAGGAGUACUUCCAUGUCGCAAACGAUGUUCUCGAUAAGCGUGCCCCAACAAAGGAGUACUUCCAUGUUGCAAACGACGUCCUCGACAAGAGAGAGGCAGCAAAGGAAUACUUCCACGUUGCCAACGAUGUCCUCGAUAAGCGUGCCCCAGCAAAGGAGUAUUUCCACGUCGCGAAUGAUGUUCUCGACAAGCGCUCAAAGGAGUAUUUCCAUGUUGCCAACGAUGUUUUGGACAAGAGGGAGGCCGGCAAGGAGUACUUCCAUGUCGCCAAUGAUGUUCUCGACAAGCGCUCAAAGGAGUAUUUCCAUGUUGCCAACGAUGUCCUCGACAAGAGAGAGCCCGCCAAGGAGUACAUUCACUUCGCCAACGAUGUUUUGGACAAGAGGGAGGCCGGCAAGGAGUACUUCCAUGUCGCCAAUGAUGUUCUCGACAAGCGCUCAAAGGAGUAUUUCCAUGUUGCCAACGAUGUCCUCGACAAGAGAGAGCCCGCCAAGGAGUACAUUCACUUCGCCAACGAUGUUCUCGACAAGAGGGAGGCCGGUAAGGAGUACUUCCAUGUCGCCAAUGAUGUUCUUGACAAGCGCUCAAAGGAGUAUUUCCAUGUUGCCAACGAUGUCCUCGACAAGAGAGAGCCCGCCAAGGAGUACAUUCACUUCGCCAACGAUGUUCUCGACAAGAGGGAGCCCGCCAAGGAGUACAUUCACUUCGCCAAUGAUGUUCUCGACAAGCGCUCAAAGGAGUAUUUCCAUGUUGCCAACGAUGUCCUCGACAAGAGAGAGCCCGCCAAGGAGUACAUUCACUUCGCCAAUGAUGUUCUCGACAAGCGCUCAAAGGAGUAUUUCCAUGUUGCCAACGAUGUUUUGGACAAGAGGGAGGCCGGCAAGGAGUACUUCCACGUCGCCAAUGACGUUUUGGACAAGCGCGAGCCUGCCACUGAAUACUUCCAUGUCGCCAACGAUGUUUUGGAUAAGCGCGAGGCCGCCAAGGAGUAUAUCCACUUCGCCAACGAUGUUCUCGACAAGCGCUCCAAGGAAUACUUCCACGUUGCCAAUGACGUUUUGGACAAGAGGGAGGCCGGCAAGGAGUACUUCCACGUCGCCAAUGACGUUUUGGACAAGCGCGAGCCUGCCACUGAAUACUUCCAUGUCGCCAACGAUGUUUUGGAUAAGCGCGAGGCCGCCAAGGAGUAUAUCCACUUCGCCAACGAUGUUCUCGACAAGCGCUCCAAGGAAUACUUCCACGUUGCCAAUGACGUUUUGGACAAGAGGGAGGCCGGCAAGGAGUACUUCCACGUCGCCAAUGAUGUUUUAGACAAGCGUGAGCCUGCCACCGAAUACUUCCAUGUUGCCAAUGAUGUCUUGGAUAAGCGCGAGGCCGCCAAGGAGUAUAUCCACUUCGCCAACGAUGUUCUCGACAAGAGAGAGGCAGCCAAGGAGUAUAUCCACUUCGCCAAUGACGUUUUGGACAAGAGGGAGGCCGGUAAGGAGUACUUCCACGUCGCCAAUGAUGUCUUGGACAAGAGGGAGGCCGGCAAGGAGUACUUCCACGUCGCCAAUGAUGUCUUGGACAAGAGGGAGGCCGGCAAGGAGUACUUCCACGUCGCCAAUGAUGUCUUGGACAAGCGCGAGGCUGCUACCGAGUACUUCCACGUUGCGAAUGAUGUUCUCGACAAGAGGGAGGCAGCCAAGGAGUAUAUCCACUUCGCCAACGAUGUUCUUGACAAGAGAGAGGCAGCCAAGGAGUAUAUCCACUUCGCCAAUGAUGUCUUGGACAAGAGGGAGGCCGGCAAGGAGUACUUCCACGUCGCCAAUGAUGUCUUGGACAAGCGCGAGGCUGCUACCGAGUACUUUCACGUUGCGAAUGAUGUUCUCGACAAGAGGGAGGCAGCCAAGGAGUAUAUCCACUUCGCCAACGAUGUUCUUGACAAGAGAGAGGCAGCCAAGGAGUAUAUCCACUUCGCCAAUGACGUUUUGGACAAGAGGGAGGCCGGUAAGGAGUACUUCCACGUCGCCAAUGAUGUCUUGGACAAGAGGGAGGCCGGCAAGGAGUACUUCCACGUCGCCAAUGAUGUCUUGGACAAGCGCGAGGCUGCUACUGAGUACUUCCACGUUGCGAAUGAUGUUCUCGACAAAUAG